CUCUCCGGAAAGCCCGGCGGCAGGAGCAGCUGGUCAGCAAGCGGCUUCUGCGGGAGGACACUGCAGCAGGGGAAGGUGGACAGGAUGGAGCAGAGAUGGUGCCAGACCCUCUCUCGGAGGAUGAGGUUCUUGAGCUGCUCAGAAGUGUGCAGAGGGGCUCAGAAGACAGGAAAACAUCACUCAGCCGCCUCCACUGGGCUCUGCGGAACAGGGAGACUCAGCAGAAGUUUGUCAGGCUGGACGGCAGCAUCCGGACACUCACUGGGCUCUUCACCAGCAGCCUGGCUGACAUGCAGAUGGAGGCAGCCCGCUGUCUCCACGAGCUCUCCCACUCCAGUGACCCUGCCGUGGCUGAGGCGUGUCUGCCAGUGACUUCCUAUCUCCUCACCUACCUCUCGGGACACAGCGUUGAGUUCAUGGAGUUGUGUUUGUACACACUGGGGAACCUGGUAGUGGAAAGCGAAGCUGUGAGGAAACAGCUUCUGCCUCAGGGCAUCAUUCCAGUGCUGGCAUCCUGCAUCCAGUCCCCGCACGAGGCUGUGCUGGAAGGUCUGGGCUACGUCCUCUCGCAGCUCCUCCAAGCCAAGGAAGCCCCCGCAGAGAUCAUACCGUUGGUGCUGGACUCUCCUCUCCCCCAGCACAUGCUUCAGCUGGUUUGUUCCGGCCUCAAGGCUGGGACAGGAGCAGCCGUGGAGUUUGCAUGGUGUCUGCACUACAUCAUUUGUAGCCACACAGCCAACGCAGCAUUGCUGUCCCUGGGGGCCUUGCCUGCCCUCACCUCGCUCUUGCUCAACCUGGCUUCUGAAAUCCCCCUGAAGGCUCCUGAGGGCCUGGAGCUGCUCGUCUGCCCAGUGCUGCGGUGUCUCAGCAACCUGCUCGCGGAGGAGACGGGCUGCGAAGGGCAGAUCCAGGACGAACGCUUGCUCAUUGCCCUCUUCCUCAUCCUCCAGUGCUUCCUCCAGCAGCACCCCUUCAUUGUACAGGAGUGUCUCUGGCUGCUGAACAACCUCACAGCGGAUGAGCCCUUCUUCUGCUCCGCUCUGCUCUCCCUGGACUUGCUCCCAGCCCUGCUGCAGCUCCUGCCGACUUCCCAGAUGGCCAGCGCGUUGGCUGCUGCCGACUUCGUCAGGCAAGGCGGGCACUGGGCCCUUGAGCAGCACCAGAGCACCCCAGAACUCCAAGAGCGGGCACGAGCGCUGCUGGACAUGGUGGGGCAGCCCCUGGGAGCCUCUGCCUGCGCUCCCUGCCAUGCCACGUUGUCUGCCUUCCCCUAG